AUGCAGUGUUUUAUCUGCUUUGCUUACCUACUGAUCAUAUGCACCGCGCACCCACCGAAAGAUCGAGAAAGUCCCACCCAACAACGAAGAUCGCUUUUCCGUGACGUCAUAGAAUCACUUCGUAUAAGAGCACAAUUACCAGAAGAAUUUUCGGAGGAAGAAAAUCAUCUGAAACAAAGCUUUGAAAAAUUUAACUACGAAAAUGAUCUGAACCUACCAGAUGACUUUGACUUCCUUCCAAGAAGAAAUGAUAGACUUGAAAUGCCUACAUUAAAAUAUCGUUUUCCUAAAAGCCUAGACAUCAAUGACACAAAAGGCGAAAGUGCAAAAGAAGAAAUUGUUCUAUACAUAAACUCGCCAGAAGAAAGUGAAACUACCACGUUCAAACCGAAAAACACAAAACGCCCAAGGCCGACUAUCAAAAAUAAAAUCAAAACAAAAGAAAGUGAAGAACCAGUGAGUGAACAAAAACCUGUAACAAAUUCGUUGACUGGAUUCAGUCAAAUUGGUAAUCGUGAAUCGCAAACUGUAGUUAAACCCACAGUGAUUGUCAAUUUCAGAGGAACUGUCAGUAAUAGGGAGAGUGACAUACGCUUAGAAAGACGAAAGAAUGUAACGAAGAGUGAAACAGUGCCACAAAAUAUUUUUAACAUAAAUCAAGAGAUUAAACUAGAGAGAUCUGUGCCGAAUUUAGGAAAUAGGGGAGAUGCUAGAGUGACAAAUAAAGUAAAGCAAGAUGUUACAAUACAGACCGAAGCCAGAGCUAUCGCUGACGAAGACAUGAUGAUGUGCGAGUCGAAUUCGUGGAAAAAAAGUGAUAGAAAUGGUAGGCAGUUACUACAAAUUUUGGUAACAGUUUAA